AUGGGUAACGCAGCCACCAACAUAGCAGCUCGUGUGUCAAGUUUAACUUCUGAAGCUCUAGAAAAAGAGCUGAAGGGAGAUCUGAGUAUUCUUGGUGACCAAAAACUGUUUUUCAAUCAUAGUUCUCUAUUAAGCCGAGGAGACCUCAAUAUUUAUCAGGUCCCAGGUUCAUCAUCUGCCUCAGCCAAGCUUGAAGACCUGAACUACAUAAAUGAAGAGCAAAUGCUACUCAGCAUGGAAGAUGAAAGCUUUAUCAAAGAAAGGUACACAAAAGUCACCCAAGGGUUACUGAAUGAAAUCGACUUAUGUGUAAGGGAGGACUCAAGCUCAGCUGGGAUGACGAAAAAAAUUCAAUACCUGAGCAGAACUUAUGAAGCUCUACUUAGAAUGGAUGAGCGUGAAAAAAGAAAAUCAAAGCCGCAAGCUUUAAAAACUGAAGAAACCCUCAACCCAAUUGCCAAAUCAGGGCUAUCUUUUGGUCUGUCUUCAUUGUUUGGGAUAAUUAAGAUUUUAGGCUCUGAUAAGCCUGAACUUUAUAAGAUUAUCAUAGAAGCUGCUUUAAGCAUAGUUGCUGGCUUAAAACCAAUGGCGCUGAAUGACACCGACCCUUCGAUCUCUCAAUUAAUUUCAUCAGUUUUUGCUUUUUUCAACUCAAUGCUAUUAAGAGAGCUCCCAAAUAUCCAAGAAGAUGACAUAAAUGCCUGUUAUGCAAUUCUUUUUGGGCUUUAUUAUGGUACAGGAAAUUUGUGCACCGCUUUAACAUUAGCUUUAGCAUUUGCCAAUUGUGACCCAAGUCAAGACCAUUCUCCAAUUUAUAAACAAAUUUUCCCUAUGCUAGCAAACUUUAAGGACCUUACAAAGAAAAACAGAGGCUCUUUUGCUUGGGAUACUAGAAAUAAAGGGAAAGGCUUGCUCCUCAUCGGCUAUAAAAAAAAAUAACUUGAAAAAAUUUUUAUUUUUAGGAAAAUAAUUUAUUUAGCGAAUAAAAAUGUUUAUUAUAAAUUUUUGUCUAAACUAUAUCUGAUAUAUAACUAGGGAUUAAAAUAAUAAAGUCUCAAGCAGAUUAUAUAAAUAUCGUUCUAAAACAUAAAUUUAAAAUAAAUUAAAUUAGAUUUUUCAUUUCAAAUAUUUGCAAAUUUAGUUUUGAAAAAAAAAACCCUUUUUAUAUAAUUUUUUUUAAAACUAAUAAGCCAGAAUUUUCGCUCAUUAGCCAAGUGGAGAAGUUAGAAAUCAGUAGCGACGAGCCAAAUGUAUUAAUCAGAACAACUAAUGAUGGCUGGGGAGCUAAUCUUUCAGAAAAAGCUUGGACAGAAGGUGCUCAUUAUGUUGAGAUGAUUUGAAUUGAAGGUAAUUCUGGCAACAUGUUUUAUGGAGUUUGUAAUGGAUAUUAUCCUGAUCUCGACCUGCCUCCUCCAGAACAAUCGUUUCCUCUCUCUUAUAAACCUGCCGGAAGUAUCAUUAAAGGUAAUAAUGAAUUGUACACCUUCGAAAAAUACUCUGUGGGUGAAAAAAUUGGAUUUCUGCUGGAUAUGGAUGAGCACACAAUUCUUUUCUUCCAUAACGGAAAAGAAGACCCCAAAGGGCCUAUUCAAAAUCUUCCUGAAAGUAUGAAUCUUUUUAUGUGUCUUGGAGGAAUCAGCAAACACAAAAUCAUCUAUAAUCCCCAAGAUAUGCCAGAUAUCGCUCGCAUAAAAGUUGAAAACUACAGGAAAAAGGUAAAUGUAGAAGUGAAGCUUGAAGAUUUAAGCAUCAUUAACAGGGCUAUCAAAACUGGAAAAAUGGCUGAUGAAUAUCUCCAAAUGAAGCCUAUUGAGUUCACAAACUAUAUUCUUAAAUCGCUUGAUGUCUGAAAUGACAUUAUCAUAAAAAAAUUAGAAAAUAAAGAGAUAAAGGUAAAUUUUGAAAAAAAAAUGGGGCUUUCCUUUGACAUCAAGAAUGAAACUGUAGAAAUUUUAGGGAAAUUGGCUUUGAUUUUCAUUGAAAAAAUUCACUCAGAAAAUGUUGAAAGAGAAUCCAAAGAAAUUUAUUCAGAAAUGCUCGUUUAUGUGCUAAAACUCACCAAAUCGCACUUAAUUGGGUCGGAUAUGAUUCAAAAUGCAACUUUAGAAAGACAGCUAAGAACAAAAAUUAUGAAAACCGCUAUAGAUAUAAUGACUAGCAUGCCAGGGUCCAAGGCUUCUGAAGAGGCCACAAAAAUUGUGACAUCAUGCUUUUCUGUCUUUUAUAAGGAUCCACAGGAGAAAUUGUCUUAUUUAUUAGAUAGAAUUAAAGAACGAUUGGAUGGAGUUGAGAUAUCAGUUAUCGUUAAAGAGCUUGAAGAUAGAAUUAUCUUCGAAAUGUCUCGACCAGACAAACUUUUCCCAGCCUUAGAGCUUAUUAAUGACGAGUCUCAGCAUUUAGUGGAAACUUAUUUCAAGUACUUGAUUGAGCUUUCUUCAGAAAUUUCCAAGAAGCUUGUGAGAGGAGAAGAAACAUCUGUUGGAAUCUUUAAACUUCUUGAAACAAGUCAAAUUGCUUUAUUCGGUCAAGCCACUAAAUCUAAUUUCAAAGGAAAAUGGCAAGAAAUCUUAAUGAACUACUCAUUAAGUGUUUUCGAGAACUGUGAAGAAGUUCUUCAUAUUGUGAAAGCAAAAGAAAAAGGGUCUAUAUUGUCAGAUGAACUCACAAACACCAUCAGAAAAACCUUCCUUGCAGAUAUAUUAGAAACUCUUCUUUGCAUGCUGUCUUUAGCCAGAAUGAGCCUUGAUUUCUUGGCAAAAAUUUUACCAGCUUUGCAGAGCAUCAUAACAUCUCUGAAAUACUAUGACCCAAAGCCAAAAAUCUUCAAUAAAGGAUUGGCUCUAGCUACAGCAGAUGCUUACGAAAGUACGCACAAUUACGAUAACAAUCUUGAUAUUACCCACACUGUAAAGAUCCCUGGAGCAAGAAAAUAUUAUUUGGCCUUUGACCAUAGAUGCAAAACUGAGAAGAAUUGCGAUUUUUUAGAGCUUUGGAAAGACGAUAAAAAAGAAGAAAAACUCUUUAGAUGGGAUGGAGACGAUUUCCCAAAGAAUGAGGAAAGAAUUGAAGUAAAUACCCCAUAUUUGUUCUUCACAUUCCAUUCUGAUACUUCAGUCAACUAUUGGGGCUGGAAAAUUGAUAUUUUGGGUGAAGUUAAAGCUGACUAUUAUACUAAGUCCCCCUCUCCGUGAGCGAAAGAAACCAUUAGAGAAUUCCCUAUUUUUUGCCCAAAAACCACACUUCGUGAGUGAACAAAAAUUGUUUUAAUAUAAAAAUAUUUUGUAUAUAAGUAAGUAAUUAUUAUUAUAAUCAAAUCUCUAUCUAAUUUUGAUUUAUUUUAAACAUCUUGCAUUUUAAAACAUAAAUUUUACAAAUUAAAUGAAUAUUUGCUUUCUAAUUUUUGUAAAUUUUUUUUUUUUAAAUUUUCGAAAACAAAAAUUUUACUAAAAUUUUGACUUUUUUUGGAUGGCAACUUUUCGUUUCCAAAUUUUAGCAUAACUUAUUUGCCGAUCCUUUAAGAAUUAAUGCUUUUUGAGCUUUAAGAAUAAGAUCUCUCGUUGAUAAUCUGUCUAAUUUCAUAUACAUGAGUACUGUGCCUCUACUUUAUCUGCGUAAAUUAUGUGAUCGUUUUUAAUUUUACUGUCAAAAUUUUUUAUAUUACUCGUUAUUUUGCCAAACUUUUUGCCUUAUUUGCAAAAUUUUGUCAGUUUUUUUUUGUCAUUUUUUUGUCAUUUUUUGUCAUUUUUUUUGUCAUUUUUUGUCAUUUUUUCGUCAUUUUUUGUCAUUUUUUGUCAUUUUUUGUCAUUUUUUGUCAUUUUUUGUCAUUUUUGGUCAUUUUUUGGUCAUUUUUGGUCAUUUUUUGCAAUUUUUUGCCAUUUUUUUUGCCAUUUUUUGCCAUUUUUUGCCAUUUUUUUUUUUUGCCAUUUUUUUGCCAUUUUUUGCCAUUUUUUGCCAUUUUUUGCCAUUUUUUUUGCCAUUUUUUGCCAUUUUUGCUAACAAAUGAUUUUAAAAAAAAAUUUGCCACUUUUUGUCGAUUUUUCUCUAUCUUUUUAAAUAUUUGCUUUUUUUAAAACAUAUUUGCCAUUUUUUGUCAUUUUUCGUUUUUGCAAAAUUUCGCCGAAAAAGCCUCUAUCAAUAAAAAAAUCCCUAAAUUUAUAUUUAAAUGUUUAAAAAAAAUUCCCACCGUGAGUGAACAAAAUGUUUUUUUUGUUCACGGAGAGGGAGAAGUAAGCAAUGGCCAGAUACCAUAAAAGAUGCAGCAGAGACCAUGGUUGGGCUUAUCUACGUAAAAUUGAUUUUAGGAGAAUUUGAGAAAACGCCAGAAGAUGAAAAAGUGAGAGCUUUGCUUCAAAACCCACUGCUUAAAUACGGUAUUUCUGAUAAGACUUUAUCACUUGUUAAGUCUCAAAACCCUAUCCCAGAAAGUCUGAUCAACCUUGCCCAAGUGCCAAGAAUUGGAGAAAAAGUUAAGCCUAAGAAAUUAAAUCAGUUUAUUAGAAGCGAUCCUACUAAAAAACUGGUAUACAAUAAUAAAUCAGAGCUGACGUUGCAAGAGUAUAUUGACUCUUUUGGGAAAUGGGGAGAUGCAAAGUAUUCAGAUAAUCAAUUUAUCAACGAUUUCAUUGAAGGGGAAUGCGAAAUUUUAAGAGAUUGGAACGCCCUGAAAACUUUGAGCGGGGUUAGCGAAGAUGAUUCAGCAAUUGGAGGACCAGAAUUUGAUAAAGCAGAAAGAGCCAUUUUCGCUGUUUAUGCAGCUUUCUUUGAAUUUUCCGAGAUUUUCAAAACCCUUCUUCAAGAUCCUACAAGUGUUGGAUCUACAUUCAAAUAUCUCAUAAAAGAAGCAGUCAAAUAUAGAAAAUGGGCGGAGAAGUACAUCCACAAAUUGAGAGAAACUGUAUCCAUGACCUUUGAAGAAGUUUCUAAUUCUCCAUCUAUAGUUAUUAAAACUAUCAGAAAAAAACUGAUUUUAGAAAAACUGGAAUCCCUCUAUUAAAAACUUUUUUUUAUUUUUUAAUGAGAUAUGCUAAUUGAAAAAAAUUGCAGUAUAAAAAAUAUAUAGUUUUUUGAUUAAAUUAAUUUUUCUGAUCAAUCUUUCAAAUUAAAUCUUACUUACCCCCCCCCUCCGUGAGUGAACAAAACCAUUAGAAAAUCGCUAUUUUUUGCCCAAAAACCCACCCUCUGUGAGUGAACAAAAAUUUUUUUAAUAGAAAAAAUUUUUAUGGAAAAAAAAUUUUGAUAUAUAAAUGAUAAUUAGUAUAAUGAAAUCUAGAGCUAAUUCUGUUUAAUUUUAAACGAAUUACUUUUUAAAACAUAAAUUUUAUAAAUUAAAUUAAUAUUUGCUUUCCAAUUUUUGUGAAUUAGGAUUUUUUUAAAUUUCGAAAAAAAAAUAUUUUUUUAUAAAAUUUAUAUAUAAAUUUUUUUAAAAAAAAAAAAAUUACCCUCCGUGAGUGAACAAAAUUUUUUUGUUCACUCACGGAGGGGGGGGGGGAGUUAGCAACUUUAAUGAGCGAAAAUUCUUACAUGCAAGACUGGAGACAGAGUAAAGAUGUUGUAGUUAAAUGCGCUCUAUUAAUCAAUUCACAGUAUAAUCAAGGAUUAAAUGAGCUUGGGAUUACUAAAACAAUGAAACAUUUGGUAGCAAAUGUAGUCCAAGAAGCCAGCAUUUCUAAAAUGAAAAGAAAUGAAAGCAAAUGGGAGCAAACCGAAGGAGGUGUUGCAGCAACUUCGAGCUUAGUUGAUAUGCUAGGAAGGAACGAAAGUGAAGACGAUAGCCACUCAGAAGAUGUUAAAGAAAUCAAAAGAACAUCUGAACUCAUUCUUUCUUUAUUCGAAACUCCUGCCUCAGCUGAAAAAAUUGUGGAUAUCAUUGAGAAAAGAAGAGUGAAAGCUAUAGCAAGAGCUCUUGGACUUUCCAGCUUAGGAAACUUAAUGAACUUAUCAUUUAGAAAAGAAACUUCAUUAAUAAGAUCCUUUGUUGAUUCUUUUAAGCAAAACAAUGUAAAAUUCCAUUAUUGGGAAAAUGUGGAAGGAAUUGAUUCAAACCUAUUAAAGUGCGUCCAAAAAUCAUUUUAUAACAUCUAUGGAUACUUGCAGAGAGAGCUGCUCCAAUCCAAGACAGAAGCCAUAGAAAAACCUUUAUACUUCCAUUACUUGACUGUUUUAGAUGCGUUAUGCUUCCCAUUAAAAGAGCCUGAUAAUCUUAUGAUAGUAGAGCAACAGUUCCCACUUAUCAUUUCUCUUUUAUUAAGUUGGUCUAAAGGCUAUAUAGGAGAAGAAAUUGAGACCAAGUCAUUCCUUUUGGGCCAGUGCAUUACAGGAUUCAAAAUCUUGGCAGAAGUUGAUAUCUCUGAUGAUGUUGAUAAAAUUCUCUUAUUUCCAAUCUAGAUUAAGUCCAAAAAAUAUUUACGAGGAGACCCACAAACUUUUUUUCAUUAAUUUAAAUUUUCAUUAUGCUAAAAUUUAAGGAAUUUCUUUGAUAUUAAAAUUUGGAGUAUAUAAAUUUAUAAAAAAGCGAUAGAGAGAGUCGAUCUGCUCCAUCCAGGUCAUUUCAACCAUUUGAAUAUAAAAAAUUAAUAAAUUUUUCUAUACAAUUCAACAGUUAAAUUAAUAGCAUGCUCCCUGCUAAAUGGAUGGGCUAGAAACUAGAGAAGGGGAAGGCCAGAAUCUCUAUUUAAUUAUUGAGCACAAAGGACCACUUCCUGUUGUCGAUUUCCAAAUCACAUCUGAAGAAAUUGAAGGAUAUGAGAAUUUAGGCCAGUUCACUCAGAAUGGAGAAUCCAAACAUAUUUUCGGGUAAUUUUUCAAGAUGGCAAAUUUUUUGGCAAAAAUUUUGCAACAACAAAAAAGUAUUCCAAAUUUGGUAAAAAUGGCAAGUUUUUUUUUUAAAAAACAAAUAUUUGCAAAAUUAGCAAAAAGAGGCAAAAAAUGACAUGCUUUUGCAAAUAUUUACUUCUUAAAAAAUUGCCAUUUUUUUGUUAUUUCCUUUUAUUUGCCAAAAAAAAAAUUGUCCCAUAUUUUCAUCAAAAAGAGCGAACCAAGUGCAAAGAACCAAUUUCUGGUCAGUAUCCAGGAAAGCCUUGAAUGUGAGUUCAGGCCUUAUUUUGAUUUAUUAGGUGAUGAAUCAGAAGAUGAAAAGUUAUUAACUCCCCCCCCCCUCCGUGAGUGAACAAAACCAUUAGAAAAAUCGCCAUUUUUUGCCCAAAAACCCACCCUCCGCGAGUGAACAAAAAUUUUUUUAAUAGAAAAAAAUUUUUAUGGAAAAAAAUUUUGACAUAUAAAUGAUAAUUAAUAUAAUGAAAUCUAGAGCUAAUUCUGUUUAAUUUUAAAUGAAUUGCAUUUUAAAACAUAAAUUUUAUAAAUUAAAUUAAUAUUUGCUUUCAAAUUUUUGCAAAUUAGGAUUUUUUUAAAUUUCAAAAAAAAAUUGUUUAGAAAAUUUAUUUAUAUAUAAAUUGUUUUAAAAAAACAAAAAUUAACCCCCUCCGUGAGUGAACAAAAUUUUUUUGUUCACUCACGGAGGGGGGGGGGAGUAAGAGAAACCCUUAAAGAUAGACUAUGCAGAGCAGCAUGGGCUGCUUAUAAGUUUUUAGUAUUUAGUGUAGUUGGAAAUGCAAGCCAAAGUAAUUCAGUUGCCAAAUAUACUGCUCAAGAUGUAUUUUUGAAUUCAAUUUUUAAUGAAUUAAAGUGGGAUCAAUCGCUAUUGGAGCAGGGCUACUCAGGUCAAAAGCUUAGUGGAGCAGUUUCAGGGGAGUCGUGGGUAAAUAGAAUGAACGUUGCCAAAGCUUUUAAAAAGAAUCCAAUGCAAGAAUGGAUUAGGCAGUUUAAUAAAGAGACUGAAAAACUAGGAGAAUCCUUGCUGAAGGAAAUUAUUAACGAUUUAGUCGCCGAAGCUGAUCCUGCAAUGAAAGGGGUUUUAACUCCUGCUCAAAUUUCGAAACUCAAUCCUAAGUGCUCAAAACUCCUUUCUAGCCAAGAUGCUUACAAAAAUUCUAAAGGAAAUUUCGAUUUCUUUAAAUAUAUCAACGCAGUCUAUGCUAUGAAAAAUACACUUCCUAAAGAAGAUCAGUAUAAUAUUGACCACUCCAAGAUCUGAACUCAAAUGCCAAAAGAUUUUGAGCAAGCAGCUUUAUCUUAUGAUUUCAGUAACAUUGAAAUCAUAUAUAAAAAUAUUGUUUCAAGGUUCAAUCCUAAAUAUCAAGGAAAAUCUUUCCAACAAUUUAUUGAUAUUUUCGAAUUAACAGAAAUCAAAGGCAUUGUGCAAGGCGGCAAAGUUCAAGUGGAUUGCCCAGCAGAAUUCAAAAACGAGGAAGGCAAUUUAGACUUGUAUGUAACAAUGCAUGCAAUAGCUAAAGACCAGAAUAGGUUUUUCGAUUAUUAUCAUGAGCUACAAUGGGCUCUUCUCCAGUAUGAUGAUCUUCCUGAUAGCUGUUUAGAAGUAUAUAAAGAAAGAAAAUCUUCAAGCGAAUAUAUGACUUCUCUAUUGUGGACAAUUUAUGGGUGCCUCGGAUCAAAUACAAUUGCCAGCCUCUUAGCCCGUGAAGAAUAUCUUACGGAGCUUCUUAAAAUUACUUUCCUGAGUAGCGCAGAAAGAAACUUUGCCCUUGGCUCUCGCAUCCUCAAAGCAAUUCUCCCAUCCCAACACUCAGCUCAAACGCUAGGUGCAAUCUGGACUACGCUUCCUUACAUUAACUCUGAUAGUACAAACACCGACUUUGUCCAAUUUUUGCUUAAAAGAAUUGGGAAAAUGGCUUACUGGUAUGGCUUUAAAGAUUCAAAACGCAAACUUUUUAGAUGUGGCUAUGAAGCAAUUGUUCUUUUGAUAGAACUCAUGAACAUAGAAAGAUGGAGAUGCGAAGUGCUCACCACAAUUAUGAAAUCCUUGAACGAUGCUUCCCAAAACUUAAAGGACGGAAAAGCACUUCCUAUGUAUCAAGUUGGAGCAAUCGAAGCUUUAGCAAUUUUAUCGAAGCAGGUUGAUAUUUUCGGAAAUGAUCCAAUUGAGCUGGCUGAAGCAAAACUAACUUAUUAUAAGGCAAGAUGCAUCAUAAGUGCAAUUGAUGGGGACACAGUAGAUAUUUAUUCUCCUGUCACUAAUGAGACAGAGUCAGUUAACGCAAAAUUAAUUGCUUAUUUAAGGCCGAUCAACAACUUUAAUACCAUGAAAAUACUUAGUCAAGAUGAACUGAAAAAUAUUAAAGAAUCAGCUAUCAAUUUGUGGCUAGUUUUAAUUGACUCAGAAUUUUUGAGCUUCAAUAUGAAAUCUGAGAGAACUGCCUCAUUCAGGACCCUAUAUGCUCACUUAGAAAACAUUAUUGUUAAUACAAUUACACUUAUCUUAAAAAAGAAAGACAUUAGCGACUGCGAAGGGGCAGACUUAUUAAGACUCAUCAUGAAGCAUACUAAAGCUGAAACUAAAGUCUGAAAAAAUAAAGAGAAGCAAUUGUUUUUCAAACAAAUUCUAAAGACAAUCUCAGAAAAAUCCAUUUAUGACGACUUUGCAGAUCAAGAAAUAAUAGAAAUUUUUUCGAAUGCUAGCGAUAAAACCAAACAUCUAAUUGAAGAACUGACAAAAGAAAACAUUCAGCCGAUGAUCAUCGCUAAGUGCCUUGACAAAGGAAUCAAGGAUAAAAAUGGGAUUUUAGAAUUUGCUGGAAAAAUAGAAGAGCCAAAAUCAAGCCUAUUAUUCAAGCUUCAGCCAAUCAAAUCUUUCAACCUUGAAACAUCUGAUAUUGCCGGAUAUGCAGAUAUUUACCAAAAUUCAAAUAGCCAAUUCGUGAUAAAAAAUAAUAAUUUCCUAACAGCAAGAAAAGAAAUAACGACAAUUUCUGACUUAGCUGUUUUCAGAAACACUACAAAGUUUGUAAAAUCUUUGACCAUUCUAGCGCAGUUAGAAGGCAUUCACUAUCAAAAUCAGUUGUCAUAUGGUCUCAAACUUGGAGGAGUGGAUAUAGGAAUUGACACAAAUUCUGGAUCGCCAAGCUUUGAAGUCAAUGGCAGUGUUGUCUGUCCUGCCAGACUUGAUGAGGUAUUAGCUGUUAGGAUUUAUUUGAAUUCAAAUGGAGAAAUCAAAAUAAUUAAUGAAAACACCAAAGAAAGUAUUGUUCUGAACGAUGCAACUGCGUUUAACGGCCUUCAAAUCGGAGCCUAUGGACUUUAUAUGGAAACUGGCACAAGAGCUUCUUUGCUAACUUUUGAAGUAUAUGACGGCAAAAAUACCAAUUCUGCACCAACCAAAGUUAAUAAAUCCAAAGAUGCUCAGACUUAUAAAACAAUCAAAGUCAUUCAAAAAUCUGAAAACUAUGAUAGGCUGAGACUAAAACUUUUAGACUUGACUGAAGAUCAAAUAACUCAAGCCCUAUCAUCAAGCAGAGACUUAAGGUCUAGCUUAGACUACAUUUCUCAAAAUUUCCCGAAAGUUUUCCAAAAUACCAUUAGAUCUCUAAAUCAAGAUGUCAUCACUGAUUUAAAGCUGGUUAAAACAAUUCGUGAAGUUCCUAAUGGAUUUACAUGUAAAUUAAAAUGAUGGCACGUAAUACCUGUCCUUUUGGCGUAACAGUCCUGACCUUAUGGCUAUGGCGAACUGGGACGGAAUACGAAUUUCAAGUGCAGGUUCAAGAGAUGUGCAUCCGGUAGGUUUUAGCUUCUUUUCUGUGGUUGGAAAUGGAGGUGCUCAGCAAUGUCAUUUGGAUCCGAGGACCUAUGGGAGUUCCUCUAUCGAGAAACAGGGAGCUUCGGCCCAGGCCAGGGGAGCAGUCUUUUUCCUGUGGCUGUCGAAGGAAGGUACUUUGGCACCCGAUGGCUCCAAGGAUCCUUAUUAUCAUACCACUCCAAUUGCCCGUAGCAGGGGCCGCAGAAAUCCAUAAGUGCUCAAGACGGAAGCCAUAAGGAGGAGACAAGCGGCACCCAUUUUCGGGUGAUAGACUCCUCUUAACUGGAGUCGAAAGGCGGUAAAACCUUCUGUACGCGAGGUCUUUAGUGACUACGUCACCAAUAUGUCUAAUGCCUGACUUUUAAUAACCUAACCUAACCCUAUUGGAUUUACAGCAGUCUCGAUCUAUGAAGAUGGCAAACAGAAAGAAUUCAAUAUUCCAAAGAGAAUGAUUUUAUGUGUUAAAAAAGAGCAGGUGACUACUGGAAGUGGAUACUGAAGCAUUGCAUUAGGCAAAGAAGUUAAAGACUAUACAGAUUUAGGGAACUUUGACCCUGAAGAUCAAACCAGUCAUAUCUGGGUAAAGAAAGGAGAUAUAGAAAAAAUAUGUAUAAAAGAUAUCAUUUUCAUCAAAUCUUCUUCAAUGUACAACGUAAAAGUGCCAUUUGGUUAUAAGAUAAUUAAAGAUGGCGAAGGCAAUGCGAUAAAUCUUGGCCAUAGCUUAGGAAAGAAAUCAUUCUUAGUUUUAGCUGUAAAGACAAGUGAUACUGUUCUGAACUGCGCGCUUAAACCAUUCAAGAAGAUGUACUCACUUAAUAUGCCACCAUGCGGAUUAUUAGAAAGUCAAAUAAAUUCCGAAGGAGAAGUUAAAGAAGACCUUUUCGAUGGCCUGUCUAUUCAAGAGCUCUUCAGUCACUUUUAUAAGCUUAUAGAUUCCUCAAAGCAAGUUUCAUACAAAAAUCUUGCUCUAGUGCUCAUCAAAAAAUACCCAACCUCUAUUGAAACAAUAGCUGAGGAAUUCAGUACCAUCAAAUUACUCGAUUUCUUAGGAAGUUCUGUGAAUAAAAUAUCUAAAAAGAUUGAUACUUUACUAUCCCAAGAUAAUCCGAUAUUCAAGGAUAAGUUUCUCAAGGAUUGCCUAGAAAGGAUGCUUAGAUGCUUGAUCUACACAGAAAAGCAAGGAUCAUUAUCAGCUGCUUUGACAAUUGAAAGCCCAAGCCACCCAUAUGAGAAUAAAAUAGACAUAGAUCAAAAAAUCAUAAUUCCUGGAGCUAAAAGGCUCAAAUUUGUGUUUUAUCCAGAAUGUGAAACUACAUUCGUUGAUGAUUUUUUAAAAUUCUAUAAGAAUCCAGGUAGAGUUGAUGAAAUCAGAUGCAUUUCUGGAACGAUUGAUGAAAAUUGGGCUCCAUUUGAAGUAGAAGGAGAAGUUGUUUAUAUGCAUUUCCACUCUGAGUGGCAAACUAACUUUUGGGGAUAUAAGUUUGAUGUGAUUCCUGAAGGCUUAGUUUCUGUAGCUCCAGAUCAUCCUUGGCCUGCAAUAUGGGUGCUAAAUAAGAUUUCAAGCAUCAACCCAAUACCUAAAGAAUUUAUGGAAAUAAUGCACCCUAGGUGUGUCCAGUCUAUUUUCUUGCAUUCUCUUUCAGCAAACACACUGGAAUUGAAGCUCGACUCUAUAAAAAUCUUGAAUAAGAUAAUAAGAGAUCAGAAAGGCCCAUUGUUCAAAAAUAUUCUUAGCAUCUUGAUUGCUCAAGCAAAUGAGCUUCAUAAUAUUGUGAGCAUUAACAAAGAAGAAAAUAGUUUGAUGCAAGCUACUGCAAGGCUAUUAGAAGAUGCUUCACAUAAAUUCCAACUUACUGGAGAGGAACCUUGGUUUAUUGAAUUUUGUAAACUUGUUUUUGAUAUUAAAGGUCUAAGCGAAAAGGAUGAACUGCUAGAAACUUUCUUAUUUGAGUCAUUCAAGAAGAACGUUACUUGCAACCUCGGAAGAACUUAUGAGUCUAAACAUCCUUAUAUUAGGCAAACCACAAAAGAAUUGAUCAAAAUUCCUGGUGCUUCUCUUAUCAGUAUCGUCUUCGAUUCAAAUUCAAGUCUUGACCCAAGAGACACAGCUGUUUUCAGCUAUGAUGAAGAUGGUAAGAAAUUAGUCGAAGAAAAGAAAAUUGAAGCCAUAAGCGAUGCUCGAUGGAGAAAAGAGCCAUGUGGAAGGAAAGUCGCUUUUUCAGAAGGAACUUCAAAAGUUACCAAAGUCAAAAGAAGCGGAUGGGGCAAUGCAAUUUGGUCUGAAGACUACUCAGACGGCAUAGUGAAUAUCAAAUUCAAGAUAGAAUCUGAUGGAAAUUCUGAGUAUUUGUACAUUGGAGUUUAUAGGACUGAAAAGGAUGCCCAAGAUUAUGACCUAAAUGAGUAUAUUGGAUGCGAGUGUCCUCAUGAUGCAUGGAGUUGGAAAAGAACUGGAGAAUUUCAUAAGAAAGGAUGGUCCAAAGAUGGGUUCGAAGGAUUUAAGAAAGGAGAUGAAAUCACAAUGUUGAUUGAUAUGGACUUAAGAGAACUGACUUUCUUUAACGGAACUCUUGAAAUCUUCAAGUUCACGGGGAUUGCUUCUUCAGUCACACCAGUGGUCUGCUUUGGUUCUUUGAAUCAAGCCAUUACUGUGCUCAGUGUUAAAAGAAUGGCUGAGUCCAAACCUCUUUCUGAAAGAAACUUGGAUAUUAUAGGAGACUCAGUCUAUUUUUGGUUCCCAGUUCAUAAAACUGCUAAUAUUAAGCAUGCAUGGGACAGCAAUCAGAACGGAGCUGCACUCAACGCGAAUAAAGCGACUAUCACUAAGUCAACAAAUGAUAAAACUUACCAUGAGACUGAAGCCGAAAUGACGCAUAGCAAAUACUACAUCGAAGUCUCUGUUGAAUCUAAAGGAUAUGUAGGGGUUGGCUUUACUAAGAAGAGCUUGAUCAAUACGAACAAUAUUGAAGGAAAUGAGCAAACUGUAAUUUAUUAUAGUAAUGGGAAAAUUGGCAACGCUGAAAGCAUGAACUAUGACCAAAACGACGUUAUUGGGAGCUAUAUCGAUUUUGAUAAAAACGAAAUUGCCUUUUAUAAGAAUGAUAAACUACUACAUACUGCCCAAGCAGCUCUUAAUAUUGAAGACUCUAAAGACUGCUUCAAAUUUAUUGCUGUCUUAUCAGAAGAAAACCAAAAAUUAUCAAUCUGUAAUACAGGAAAGUACCCUACUGGUGUUGAUCUUGCAAGAAUUGACUCUGAACAAGAAAAUAAAUUUUGGGGCUGUAAGUUCUUUUUAACACCUACUUUCAAAGGAAGAAGCACCAAGGUCAUUGAUUCCUAUUUGAGCUUUGCAUCAGCUGGCGACAGAGAAAAUUGGAGAGAAAACUACAAACCUACCUAUUCCAAAUUUUUCAAAGAUGGCAUAGCUCAGCAGUUUAUUGAAUUCAUGGAUGGAUAUCUGGACGCCAAUUCAAUUAGUUUCGAUAAUAGUUCAUUGAGUAUUUCUCCAGAAGAUUUAAUUUAUUAUCCAGACUUACAAAAAUUAUCAGAAGCAGAGUUGUUUAAUUUAAAAGAAAUUUUGAUUGAUUUCAACUGAAGAUUCCAAGAUUACUUCUAUUUAUUCGAUUUGCACACUGAAGCAGACGAGCCAGAAAACUCUCUCAUGAAGUUUAUUAAAAAGGCCAAAUAUUAUCUAUUAUCAAAAUUCAAGAAGGAAAAAUUGGAAAACCAUCUUCAAAAGUCUUCGUGUGACUUAAGAAUGGGCAUUACUAUCGAUAAAGCUAAAGCGCAAGAACUGAAAGCUAAAGGGGAUGUUGAUCAUUCUGCAACUGCUUCAAUGUUUAGUCAAAUAAGCAGAGCCAUGGGGACAGCAGCAAAUAUAAUUCAUAGACAUUGUAGAAGAAUGUUCAAAUUUGCAUACAAGCCAGAAGGAAUCCAAGAUGACCCCGUAAAGUAUUGUGGAUUAUUGAUAGAAAUUUCUAAAGAGCUUGAGUCCCCAUUACUUCCACUUUUGAUCCCAUCUCAAAAUAAUAUCCUUAACAUAGGUAAUGGAAGAGAUAAUUGAAUUAUCAAUCCAACGUCCAUCCUCCCAGCUCAUAUGCACCUAUUCACCACUCUUGGGAAAUUCUUCGGUUCCGGAAUCCGUACCAAUCAAAGUCUGAGUCUUUCACUCCCUAUUAUUGUAUUUAAGCAUCUUCUAUACGAAAAUGUCACAACCGAAGAUUUAAGGGACUUUGACUUCCCACUCUACAAGUUUUUGCAUAAAUUAAGGAACCUUGAAGUCUAUGGAAUUACUUCGGAAAACUUCGGCCAGCACAUUUCUGAGAGGUUCAUAGUGAAAUACGGCGAAAAGGUUAUGGAACUUUGUGAAGACGGAGCCAAUAUUGACGUUACUUUUGAAAAUGUUGGCCACUAUGCUGAUCUAUUAGAGAAGCACAAAUUAUUUGAAAAUCCUAAAGCUUACGAUUCUAUAAGGAAAGGUAUAGCUAUUGUUAUUCCUAUUGAUAAAUUGAACCUAUUCACAGCUGCUCAACUACGUGAACUCAUAUGCGCGAAGCAAGAAGUCAAAUUAGAAGUCUUAGAAGAAAACACCGUUUACGAGAAUUGCAGAAGAACAGAUCCGCACAUUGAAAUCUUCUGGAGAGCAAUUAAAUCAUUAAACUAUAGUGACCAUGUCAAAUUUAUUGACUAUAUUGCUAGAAGGUCUAAGCUUAUUGAAUGGGAUUGGCCUCUGAAAUUUACAAUAGCCAAGCACAGUAAAUCCGAAGAUGUGAAUACAUUGGUUCCUAUUGUCGACAAUACUAUAUUCAGACUUGAGCUGCCAGCUUAUACAUCUUCAGAAAUCAUGAAAGAGAAGAUUAUACUUGCGAUUGCCCAAAAUAACAAGUUUGAUUCUUUAGACAUUAAUAUUUAA